AUGCCAGUUCUUCUAAGGAACUGUCCUCAUUUAGACACUCUAAUCUUGAAGAUAAAUGCGGAGAUGCGUGCCCCUGCAUUUCCUGGGAGGACAAAGGUGUUCACUGACAUCUUGUCCAGUGAAAAUGAUAGAGAUUCAAGGGUUUCGAGGAACUAUGAAAGAGAUGACCCUAAAGUGUAUAAACUUAUCUUGGAGAUGAUUGGACUCUACAACAAGUUAUUGAGCUGCGAUGUCCAGCUCCUGGUGAGUGAUUUCUUGGAUGAGAAGUGGACUGCACAAGGAUAUAUCUAA